AAUUCUCAAUCAAAAUGUACACAAUCAAUUUCAAAAAGCAUGGAACUAUGAAUUGAAUCAAUAAGCAGUGUUCGAUUUUUAUAUUGUAAUAACAAUGAGCUCCCCGUCAUCGUUGACAGUGAAUUCAUAAAUAAAUUGCAGGAAGUGUUCAAUGAAAAGUCCUCCACGCAGUCCUUAGCACUGUUGAUUGAACCUUCAACAAAAUAAACUUCAAAAUGUCUGGAAAAUGCAAGAACUGCGGUUCAACCGACAUCGAGACAGAUCCAGCCCGUGGAGAUGCCGUUUGUACGGCGUGUGGUGUUGUCCUGGAGGACCAGCGCAUUGUCAGUGAAACAGCCUUCGAGGAGACCCCCUCAGGAAACAUGGCGAUGAUCGGUCAAUUCGUGGCGAGUGAUAGUACAGGUGGUGCAACAGGUUUUGGCGCAGCUUACCACGUCAAUGGUAAAGAAUCUCGUGACAUAACGAUCCAAAAUGCUCGGAAAGGAAUCACCCAUUUAUGCCAACAAUUGCGAUUAAAUCAACGUCACAUAGAGACAUCGGUCAAUUUCUACAAAAUGGCAUUAGCAAGGAAUUUAACACGAGGACGAAAGCAUGCACACAAUCACGCUGCAUGUGUCUACAUCACUUGCCGAACAGAGGAAACACCGCACUUGUUGAUUGACAUUAGUGAUAUUCUUCAGAUUGAUGUUCACGAAUUAGGUAGAACGUAUCUGAAGUUCACGAAUGCCUUGUGCAUAAACAUUCCGUCAAUGGAUCCAUGUAUAUUCAUAAUGAAAUACGCGUUGAAAUUGGAAUUCGGUGACAAGACAAACGAGGUCUCUAAUACAGCACAGCGAUUGCUCCAGAGGAUGAUGAGAGACAGUAUUCACAGCGGUAGAAGGCCUUCUGGUCUCUGUGGUGCGGCCCUGCUGAUAGCCUCUCGCCUACACGAGUUCAACCGCACUCCAAAUGAUAUCAUUAAAAUCGUCAAAGUUCACGAGUCAACCUUGCGAAAACGACUGAUAGAAUUCGGUGACACGCCCUCGAGUGCUCUUACUCUCGAUGAAUUCAUGACUGUUGAUCUUGAAGAAGAGCAAGAUCCCCCGGCCUUCAAGGCUGCACGUAAAAAGGAUCGAGAGAGAUUGCAGAAGUUGGAGAAUAUCGACACUGAGUUUGACGAUUUACAGAGUGAAAUUGACAGGCAGCUCGAAGAGUACAGAGCGUCGAGGGGGAAAAAGCGAAAGAAUAACGAUGAUGGAGUCGAGGAGAGCGAUGCAGAGAGAUUUGUCGCUGAGAGCACCAUGGACAUUAUCAAAAGCUGUUUGAACAGUUCAGAGGAUACGACCACUGAUGAUUUUCGACAGAGUGCAGGUAAGGAUAAAGUUGGACUGGGUCCGGACAUCGCUUCGAUGGGUCUGGGUCUGUCGAUGAGUGUAUCCCAAAGGAAUGAGAAAAAUGAAGAAGAGCUAUUUGAGACUGAAAAUGGGGAAAUUGAUAUGACCGAUGUUGACGAUGAGGAGCUUGACAGUUAUAUUAUGACGGAGAAAGAAGCCAGUAUGAAGUCUAGUCUGUGGCACAAAGUCAAUGCGACGUAUCUCGAGCAGCAAAAGGAGAAGGAGGAGAAGAGGCUGAAGGAGAAGGAAGAGGGCAAGCCGGAGAAGAAGAAGAGAAAGAUCGGAGCGAAGAAAAAAAGCGGAAUGGGCCCGGCCAACAGUGCUGGAGAGGCUAUUGAGAAGAUGCUCCAGGAAAAACGAAUUUCUACGAAAAUUAAUUACGAAGUGUUAAAGAGUUUAAAUAUCAGAGUAUCGACGAAUCAAGAGGCUGCAAGUGCAAAUACGGAGGACGUUGAUGCAAAUGAUGCCAAUAGAAGUCGAGGGGAGAGGGAAAUGAAGACGAAGAUCACGACAGUGAUCCAGAGAGGUCGGAGAACGGGACAUAAACUGGAGGAGCCAGUGGAAGAGACUCCUCAGAGGAAGAGGGAGAAAGUCGAGGAGGGGAUUGAUGAGAGAAUUGGUGGAGGGGAGGCUGCGGAGAUCCUCGAUGAAGUUGAGGAUGAUGUUGAGGAUGAGGUUGACGUUGAUCCCAAUGAGAUGAGCGUGGGACAAAUGCUCCAGAGACACACUACUGAUGACGAUGAACAUUAUGGAUAUGAUUAUGAUGAUGAGGAUUAUUAGUCAACGGGAUCUUUGUAUGAGAUGUUGAAACAAUAGUGGCUUUUUUUUUAAACCAGUUGAUGUAUUUGUAUUUGGUGUUUGUAUUUGGUCUUGUUUGGGUGGGUUCUGAGAUUCUGACGCGUGUUGACAAAUAUAUGAUGAUUUUGAUAUUUUAA